AUGGUAUCAGAGCGGUACAAUUCGUGUGGAAAAAGGUCUUUAGUGCAAAAGGCUUCUUUGAUGGCACGAUCCCAGUUUCCACAUCCAUUGACGAAUCCAUUUCGCUCAACACUGGAUCCUCGUUGGACAGCUCGCUACUCACAGAUCAACAUCUUGCUGCAGCCUUGUGUUCGACAAGGAAGAUACAGCGGCAAUCGAGGCCGUCGGGGUCGUGGAUCAAGAAACUCAGCUGGUCGAGGGAAUACUAAUCCUUAUCGCAAUGUCGCUAUAAAUAGCCACUUAUUGGUUGUAUUUGAUUUCAAUGAACAUAGAAUGAGUUUACCUUUUACCCGUUGUAUCUUUCCUGAUUUCACUGUUAGCUUCACCGCCUUCUCAGAAAAAGUAGCAAUGACAUAUGCUGAAUCAUCUAACAUUCAUUCUCCUGUAGAUGCUGUUCGCCAGCCUGCUGGAGUUUUUUCCCCAAGUGUUUGGGGAGAUUACUUCAUAACCCACACGCCAAUGCCUUCCUCUGAGAUUUCAAAAUUGAAUAUUUUGAAGGAAAAGAUAAAGAAAAGGAUUGAUGAGCUUAAGGACGUGAUAAAGAAGCAGCUCAGAGACGCAAGCGAUCUGCUUCAAUCUUUAGAAAUGAUUGAUGCAAUCCAGCAUCUAGGAGUGGCCUAUCAUUUUGAAUUCGAGAUCAACGAUGCUUUGAAGAAAAUACAUAGAGAUGGCUACGAAGAGAGUAAAGAUCUACACACUAUAGCGCUGGGAUUUCGACUACUGAGGCAGCAACGAUUUCCAAUUUCAGCUGACAUAUUCAACAAAUUUAUGGACAAAGAAGGAGAUUUCAAGGAAAGUUUGAAGCAUGAUGCAAAAGCCUUAUUAAGCCUCUACGAAGCUGCUCAUCUUGGGACACCAAAUGAGAAAAUAUUGGAAAAUGCAGCAAAAUUUACAAGAACUUAUCUCAAAUUGUUGUUAGGCACUAUGGAUCCAAAUUUUGCAACUAUAACAUCAAGAUCCUUAGAAACACCAAGGUUUAGAAGAACUGAAAGGCUAGAAGCAAGAGAAUACCUAUCAAUUUAUGCAGAAGAAAAAACUAGAAGUGAACUUCUACUAGAGUUUGCAAAAUUGGACUACCAUUUAGUACAAUCAAUUCAUUUGGAGGAACUUCUACACAUAACCUUAUGGAAGAAUUCAAUGGCCCUUUCAGAAAACCUACCAUUUGCACGAGAUAGAUUUGUCGAGUUACAUUUUUGGAUGAUAGGAGCAUACUUUGAACCAUGUUAUUCUCGUGCAAGAAUAAUGACUACAAAAUUACUUAUACUGACAUCAAUACUUGAUGAUAUCUACGAUCAAUAUGGAACACUUGAAGAGCUUGAAUUGCUUACUGAAAAAAUUGAAAGAUGGGAACUCGAAGGAGUGGAUCAAUUACCAAAAUACUUGCAACAUUUUUGCAUUGUCCUUUAUAAAACAUUCAAUGAUUUGGAAGAUGAGCUGUCAUUUGAGCAAAAUUCAUUUCGCAUGCAAUUCCUUAAAAAAGAGAUGAAAAAGUUAGCACAUGCAUAUUUUGAUGAAACACGAUGGGGAAAUCAACAUUAUAUUCCUAGUAUGCAAGAACACUUGCGUAUCUCUCUUUUGAGCUGCGCAUAUCCAAUGUUAUUUUGUGCGACAUUUGUCGGUAUGUACGAAGUGAUUCCAUCGAAUGCAUUUGAAUGGGUUACUGAAUUUCCAGAGAUUGUCAAAGCAUCUUGCUUCAUAUGCAGAGUCAUGAACGAUAUAACUUCUGAUGAGGUAUCUUUUAUAUAGAAAAUUAGUGAAAUUUAUAAAAAAGCUUAUUUAAUAUGUUGCAUUUAUUUAGCUAUUAAUUAUA